CGCGCCGCGCCGCGCCUCGUCCCGCCUCCGCCGGCCGUCCGGGUGCGCGCGCGUCGCUGCGGCUUUUUCUCCGGCCUCCGCGGCGCGCCCCUCCUCGCCCCAGCGCUAGCGGGCACGCGGCUCUUCCGCAGGCUUCCCGACUGCCAGGCGCGGGCCGGCUGCGAAGACACCGUGGGCCGCGUCUCCGAUUGAAAUCACAAAAGAUAUACGUGUUCUUCUUAAGAGAAAAAGGAAAUCUGUGUCCUUUAUUGUCGGCUUCCAAAGAUUACUAACUUCUAUCUGUAUCAUUAAACUUGAACUGCCUUGGCUAUACUGCUACUCUUAAUUGCUGCUUCCAUUAUUGCCUUCUUCAGCAAAACAAGGCUUUCUGCAGCCAAAGAAUAACAAGAAAUACACACCACUGUAGGAGCCUUGCCACUAUGAAACUUAGGCUAAACGUGCUCACCAUUAUUUUGCUGCCUGUCCACUUGUUAAUAACAGUAUACAGUGCCCUUAUAUUUAUUCCAUGGUAUUUUCUUACCAACGCCAAGAAGAAAAACGCUAUGGCAAAGAGAAUAAAAGCUAAGCCCACUUCAGACAAACCCGGAAGUCCAUAUCGCUCUGUCACGCACUUCGACUCGCUAGCUGUCAUAGACAUCCCCGGAGCCAACACUCUGGAUAAGUUAUUUGAUCAUGCCGUGUCCAAGUUUGGGAAGAAAGACAGCCUUGGGACCAGAGAAAUCCUAAGUGAAGAAAACGAAAUGCAGCCAAAUGGAAAGGUUUUUAAGAAGUUAAUUCUUGGGAAUUAUAAAUGGAUGAGCUAUCUCGAAGUGAACCACAGAGUGAAUAAUUUUGGUAGUGGACUCACCGCACUGGGACUGAAACCAAAGAACACUGUUGCCAUUUUCUGCGAGACCAGGGCCGAAUGGAUGAUUGCGGCCCAGACCUGCUUUAAGUACAAUUUCCCUCUUGUGACUUUAUAUGCCACGCUUGGCAAAGAAGCUGUAGUUCAUGGGUUAAAUGAAUCUGAGGCUACCUACCUGAUUACUAGUGUUGAACUUCUGGAAAGUAAACUUAAGACUGCAUUGUCAGAUAUCAGUUGUGUUAAACAUAUCAUUUAUGUGGACAAUAAGACUAUCAAUAAAGCAGAAUACCCCGAAGGAUUUGAGAUUCAUAGCAUGCAAUCAGUAGAAGAAUUGGGAUCCAAGCCAGAAAACAUGAGCAUCCCUCCAAAUAGACCGACCCCUUCGGACAUGGCUAUUGUCAUGUAUACCAGUGGUUCUACUGGCCGACCUAAGGGAGUGAUGAUGCACCAUAGCAAUUUGAUAGCCGGAAUGACAGGCCAGUGUGAGAGAAUUCCUGGACUGGGACCAAAGGACACAUACAUUGGCUACUUGCCUUUGGCUCAUGUACUAGAAUUGACAGCAGAGAUAUCUUGCUUUACCUAUGGCUGUAGGAUUGGAUAUUCUUCUCCACUGACACUCUCUGACCAGUCCAGCAAAAUUAAAAAAGGAAGCAAAGGAGACUGCACUGUACUGAAGCCUACACUCAUGGCGGCUGUUCCGGAAAUCAUGGAUAGAAUUUAUAAGAAUGUUAUGAGCAAAGUCCAAGAGAUGAAUUAUAUUCAGAAAACGCUGUUCAAGAUAGGGUAUGAUUACAAAUUGGAACAGAUCAAAAAGGGAUAUGAUGCACCACUUUGCAAUCUGUUAUUGUUUAAAAAGGUGAAGGCUUUGCUGGGAGGCAGUGUACGCAUGAUGCUGUCUGGUGGAGCACCACUGUCCCCACAGACACACCGAUUCAUGAAUGUCUGCUUCUGCUGCCCAGUGGGUCAGGGUUAUGGACUCACAGAAUCGUGCGGUGCUGGGACAGUUACUGAAGUUACUGACUAUACUACUGGCAGAGUUGGUGCCCCUCUCAUUUGCUGUGAAAUUAAGCUAAAAGACUGGCAGGAAGGUGGUUAUACAGUUCAUGACAAGCCAAACCCCAGAGGCGAAAUUGUAAUUGGUGGGCAGAAUAUCUCCAUGGGAUAUUUUAAAAAUGAAGAGAAAACGGCAGAGGAUUAUUCUGUGGAUGAAAAUGGCCAAAGGUGGUUUUGCACUGGUGACAUUGGAGAAUUUCAUCCUGAUGGAUGUUUACAGAUUAUAGAUCGUAAGAAAGAUCUGGUGAAAUUACAAGCAGGAGAAUAUGUAUCUCUGGGGAAAGUAGAAGCAGCACUCAAGAACUGUCCACUUAUAGACAACAUCUGUGCGUUUGCCAAAAGUGAUCAGUCCUAUGUGAUUAGUUUUGUGGUUCCUAAUCAGAAAAGGUUGACACUUUUGGCACAACAGAAAGGAGUGGAAGGAUCUUGGGUUGAUAUCUGCAAUAACCCUGCCAUGGAAGCUGAAAUACUGAAAGAAAUUAGAGAAGCUGCCAAUGCCAUGAAAUUGGAGCGCUUUGAAAUUCCAAUCAAGGUUCGCCUAAGUCCAGAGCCAUGGACGCCUGAAACCGGUUUGGUCACUGAUGCUUUCAAACUAAAGAGGAAGGAGCUGAAGAACCAUUACCUCAAAGACAUUGAGCGAAUGUACGGGGGCAAAUAG